AUGAAGUCUUUCCUUGCACCAUUGUCGCUGCUUUCUCUUGCGCUCGCUGGCCUGAGCAAUGCCGCGACCAUCCCCACUAAGUCGCUGGAGAAGCGCGCCUCCUCCACCUGUGAACAGUGGGGUACCAUCACCACUGGCAGUUACAUCGUCUACAACGACCUCUGGGGCGAAAGCUCCGCCACCAGCGGAUCGCAGUGCGUUGGAGUUAACUCGCUGAGCGGUACCACUAUCUCCUGGUACACGUCGUGGACCUGGGCCGGCGGUUCCUCGGACGUGAAGAGCUAUGCCAACGCGGCGCUGCAGUUCACCGCUAAGAAGCUGAGCGCUAUCACCAGCAUCGAGACUGUCUGGAAGUGGAGCUACUCCACCACCUCCAUCGUCGCCGAUGUCUCGUACGACAUGUUCUUGGCUGCCACCGCAGAUGGCUCCGACGAGUACGAGAUCAUGGUCUGGCUUGCGGCGCUGGGUGGCGCUGGCCCAAUCUCCUCGACUGGCUCUGCGAUCGCGACUGUCACCAUCGACGGUGUUUCGUUCAAGCUGUACUCCGGUCCUAAUGGAAGCACGACUGUGUACAGCUUUGUUGCAACCUCGACUGUCACGAGUUUCUCGGGUGAUUUGCUGUCAUUCUUUACCUACCUCAUUGACAACGAGGGGUUGAGCUCGAGUCUGUAUCUGGUUGACGUGCAGGCCGGUACUGAGCCGUUCACGGGUAGCGCAGAGCUGACUGUGUCCUCAUACUCCGUUGCGGUGGUGUAA